UCUCCCUCUCCCUCUCCCCCUCUUCUUCAUAUCUCCUCGUUUCGCUUGCUCUUCGCCACUUUGUUUCCAUUGUUAUCUCCAUUAAUGGCGUCUCAACUCUCCCAAUCCAAUAAUCCCUCUCCUUCUCCCUCCGCGCCCCCCGAACCCUCCCCCAAUCCCCCUCCCACCACCACCCCCUCCUCCUCCUCCUCCUCCUCCCUUUACCCCUCCCUCGACAUGGCCGAUCUCGUCGAGAACCUCUUCCCAGACACCCACCGAAACCCUAACCCUAACCCUAACCCCGACCCUAGCCCCGUCGAGGAAACCCUCCUCCGCGUCCCCGGCGCGAUCCUCCACCUCAUCGACGAGCGCCGCAGCGUCCCCCUCGCCUCCGGCGACCUCUACGUCAUCCGCCUCCGCCAGGGCGACGGCGUCGUCGCCGUCCUCGCCGGCGUAUCCGGCGACGGGGACGGUGCAGUCCAGUGGCCGCUCGGCCGCGACGCCGCCGCCGCCGUGCGGCUCGACGGGGCGCACUACUUCUUCGCCCUCCGCGUCCCCGAGGGCGGCGACGGCGAGGACGUCCUCAGCUACGGGCUCACCUUCGCCUCGAAGGGGCAAGAGGCGCUCCUCGCGGAGCUGGAUAGGGUUUUGGGGGCGUACACCAAUUUCUCGGUCCAGAAGGUGGCGGGGGCCGGCGGGGAGGCGGCGGAGGUGCUGGACGGUGGGGCGGCGGCGGGGGAGUUGGCUCCGGCGGAGGUGGCGGAGGAGGGGCCGAAGAGGGAGAUGAUGGAGAAGAGGUCGGCGGCGUACUGGACGACGCUGGCGCCGAACGUGGAGGAGUACAGCGGCUACGCAGCAAAGGCGAUCGCGGUGGGGUCGGGGCAGGUGGUGAAGGGUAUACUCUGGUGCGGGGAUGUGACCGUGGAUCGGAUCCGGCGGGGGAACGAGCUCUUGAAGAAGAGGAUGGGGCCGAAUGACAAGGCCGCCGAGGUGAGCCCGGAGACCUUGAAGAGGAUUAAAAGGGUGAAGAGAGUCACAAAAAUGUCUGAGAAAGUGGCAACUGGAAUCCUGUCUGGUGUUGUGAAGGUCUCUGGAUAUUUUACAAGCUCAGUUGUAAAUUCGAAAGCUGGGAAGAAGUUCUUUGGACUGUUGCCUGGAGAAAUUGUCCUUGCUUCACUCGAAGGAUUUGGGAAAAUUUGCGAUGCUGUUGAGGUUGCAGGAAAGAAUGUCCUAUCGACAUCUUCAGAUGUGACCACUGGACUUGUAUCUCACAGGUACGGUGACCAAGCAGCUGAGGCCGCAACCGAAGGGCUCGAUGCCGCGGGGCACGCAAUAGGGACCGCCUGGGCCGUCUUCAAGAUUCGGAAGGCUAUUGAUCCUAAGAGCUCCAUCAAACCUACCACACUCGCGAGAUCAGCCAUAAAAGCUGCCGCUGCAGAAAUAAAAGCUAAUAAGAACAAGUAGCUUAGAGGGCACAAAGUCAAACCACACAUGUGAGAAGUUUGAUUAUCUUGUAGCCUUUGCUUAGAAUCUUAUCAUUCUCCCUCUGAAAUCUCUUUCUGUAUUGAUGUCUCACUUGAAAUGUCUACUGCGUAUACGCAUAUUGUACUAAGAUAUUUAAUGUAUUAUAAUAUCGAGACAGUCUAU